AUGGCACUCCCCUUUGGCCUUGGUGCAGCAGUUAGUGUUGGUCUGUAUAAAUUGCAGCAUGACGAUUCAAUCCCAUUCUCAAGUUUUUUAUUAUUCUUGGGUGUGGCUAUGGCAAUUACCGCCUUUCCUGUUUUGGCACGUAUAUUAGCUGAACUCAAACUAUUGCGUACAAGAGUUGGUGUAAUCACAAUGUCAGCGGGUCUGUUGAAUGAUUGUACAGCAUGGGUAUUAUUGGCACUUGUAGUAGCUUUGUUAAACUCAUCGGGUGGCCUAGAAGCCUUAUAUGUCUUUCUAUCUACAGCAGCUUUCGCAGUAUUCUUGAUCGUCUUAAUUGCUCCUUUAUACCGAAGAUUGUGCGUUUAUACAGAUUCCUUUGAAAGAGGACCGUCACCUUUACUUAUGCUUGUCACCCUUCUCCUGGUGCUUAUAUCAGCUUUUGUAACGGAUAUUAUCGGUGUUCAUGCGAUUUUCGGUGGGUUUCUCGCUGGAGUUAUCAUUCCGCAUGAUAACGACCUCGCCAUCAAAAUCACAGAGAAAAUUGAAGAUAUUGUCAAUAUUAUUUUUCUACCGUUGUACUUUACGCUUUCAGGCCUAAAAACUCAAAUUGGUUUACUCAAUUCAGGUAUAGUUUGGGGAUACGUUAUUUGUGUCAUUGUGGUUGCAUGCUUUGGUAAGAUCGUGGGAUGUGCAGUUGCCGCAAAAUUGACUGGUUUAACCACACGGGAAUCAGCAACAAUUGGUUUUUUGAUGAGCUGUAAGGGAUUGGUCGAGUUGAUUGUUUUGAAUAUCGGUCACGAUGCCGGUGUAUUAAAUGAUCAGAUCUUCGUUAUCAUGGUGGUGAUGGCACUCAUUACAACGUUUAUGACGACGCCAGCCGUUCUCUGGUUAUACCCUGAAUGGUAUCAAAAGCAAACAGCAGACAAUUACUUUAUUGAUACUGAAUCAGUGAAUUUUGACAAUAGAGACCCUAGUGUAAAAACAGGCUCGCGACUCGAUUUUGACCAAAAUUACUCUAUUGUAACUAUGCUCAACCGUAUCGAUUCAGUACCUUCUAUGAUGGCAUUGAUUCGUUUGCUUAAGGAAGACUCUAUAGCACCGUUGAAAAUCACCAAAAGUCAUCUUGAUAUACAUGCACUACGAUUACUUCCACUUACACAGCGUACCUCUGACGUUAUGAAACUCCAAGACAUCCGCGAAACACAAAGGCAAGACCCAGUUCUUAAUGUAUUAAGAACAUUCACAAGCCUAAUCGGUAUUGAGUCAUUACAAACACGACUCGAUUUCCGCUCUCCAUCAGAGUUCAUCCGUACAGUAGCAGAUUAUGGUGAGGCUGUUUCAGCUGAUGUUAUUCUAUUACCUUGGGUUAGUACAACAAGCCCAUAUCAGUUAUCUGACGCAGAUUUCGCGUCAGCUGCCUAUUCCAUCUCCCACUGUACAGUAGGUCUUUUCAUAGAUCGUGGGUUCGGUCACAUUCAAGACGGCAACCCUAAACAGCAAACAAACUUCAAGAUCAUUGUGCCUUUAACCUACGGAGGACCUGAUGAUCGUGCUGCUCUUUUAUUUGCUCUUCGCCUUCAAAUGUAUCGCCGUGCUGAUGUUCUUGUAUUACGACCCUGUAGUGCUGAUGAUAUCACUUCUAACUCUUAUGCGUCCAACGCUUCCAUUCGAAAUACAUUGAACAAGUUGCAUGCUGAGGAAAGCACCGAUGACGAACUCCUAAGUACACUCUUCUCCGCUGAUAACACUGAAUCCAACGUUAUGAUGCGUUACGUACGGCACGCAUCUUCCACCUCUCCUCAAGAUGACUAUAGUACCUUAUUUGAUGACCUUGAGGAGCCUUUAGGAAAACAUGACUUGGUAGUAUUAGGAAGA